AAAAAAAUCAGGGUACGCAGACGGCAGCGGAGAGGAAACAGCCUUUGGCAACCCAAUUGCGUACCCAGGGUCAUCCAUCCAGAUUGCGCGCUCAGCUCAGGCAACCAUGGCAAAGCUGCAACAUGCAACGUCGCGUCCUCAACCGGUCACUGUGAAGACCCAAACACCAAACAUGAAACAUCAAACAUCAGCAAGGAAUGUCCAGCCAGCCACAGUGAAGCCUGCACCUUCACGUGCAUUGCCCUUGAAGCCUACAGCAGGCCCAAAGCCCAAGGCAGCAGAUUUGGUCGUUGGACCUUCUGCAAAUGGGGUUGUUCAUUUGCCAAAUGUGAGGACGCAACCAUUCGAAAAGCCGGCCGUGAGUAAGCCCACCUUAAAAAUACCAGCAGUGAAACCAAAGCCCAUUAAAGGAGGCGGCGGAGGGGGAGCUGCGGGAAAAUUUAAGUCGACCGCAGUAGCAAAAGGGCCGGCAAUAAAAAACAAGCUUGCCAGCCAAUUUUCGACCAGAAUGAAGGCCAAGAGCAACGUCAGCAAAUACGUAGGUCUUCAAAAGAAUGUUCGAAAUCGGCCGGAGCUGAUGAGAGAGUUGGUUGAGGCUGGGACCACUGAACUCCCACUGCCUCCCAAUACGCCGCUGGAAGAGAAGAUAAGUUUCCCUGCUCUGGCCACAUUCACGCAGUGCAAUACGAACAACUGCAGUCAAGAAAUGAUAGAAGCCUUGGGUGAGAUUUCAAAUCUGAGUCCAGUGGGUCCAAUGAGCAGCCACCGAGAUUCGAAAGCGAAGCGGAAAUUUGACUUUUCUAGGUUCUCUUUGAUAAAAACGGCAGCUGAAGAGAGUUUGAUCUUGGAUCCAUAUCUGGCUAAGGAUCCAGAUGAUAAAGAACAAGAAAAUUCUACUCUGAAGGCAGCUGCGGAGCAAACCCCUCCUCGCAGGAUUUCCGAUGAGAAGCCCAACUACUUAAGUCCAUAUGUGAGCGUCUCGCGCGGUAAAGUCAACUCUCGCUGUGAGCGUGAGAAGCGAAACAGCAUGUAUUUGCCCGGUGAGGAGUAUCCUGUUGCCAAUCGGCGGGCCCUCGAGUCGGUGCUCUACUUUCGCAUACAGCUGGAGAAUGAGAUUCGACGACUGCGAGAUAUCUGCAGCGAGUGGGAAGCCUAUAGCAAGGAGAAUGAGGCGCAUCUGGUUGAGACGGGCGGCAUAGAUAUGAUCAAUGUGGCCAUUGGACAGACAAAUUUGCUCUCUACCAAGAAAUUGAUGCAGUUCAGCGGUCUGAUUGACCGUUGCGAGGCGGGAGCUACGGGCAAGAACCAUCGACCCUACGAUGGCAGCGAGGAGACGAAACCCGUCCAGGCAGAGGAUCUGGAAGGGUGGUGGGACAUGCUGCGACUCCAGAGUGAGAAUGUUGACAAGCGCUUUGAUAACUUGAAGCGAUGGAAACAGAACAAUUGGCAGGACCCCGAUGCAGUUGAGGAAUCGAAAAUACCAGCCAAGCCUGUGGCCAAACCAAAGUCUAAGCUGGGCAACAAUUUAAACGCUAAGCCCAAGGUCAAGGCCAGCAGUAACUUGAUGCAAUUACUCCGCAAGGCCCAUGCUGAAAUGAAAAAGGCUAAGGCGGAUGUGGUAUCAGCGGACGAUGCCCCGCAAACUCCAUCUCGCAGCAGCACUCAGCGUGUGAUCGUAGUACGCGACCGUCGGUCCUUCUCUCCUGCUCGCACCGUCCUGCGCAUGUCUGUAGGCGAGAGCCGUUCUUCCAAUGGUGGCAACACUCUGCUCAAGUCUGCUAUAUUGGCCGCAGCCGAACAAAACGCUCUUAAUCAUACCCCCCCUCCCAAUAAGGGACGCCAGUCGAUUCAGAAAAAACCAGGGACCAGCAAGCGUGAAAGUCGUGGAGUUAUUUUCUGUACAAAGAAAAAUGUACGGCACUUCAAAUUCACCUACGAAGAAGGCACUAUUAGCGAUUAUGAGCCCUUUGGCGGCGAUAAGCUAGAGGAUUGCGAGGAGGACAUGUCGAUCGAAGCUUCAGGGGAAACACGUUCCGUAGACCAGGGCCCAGCAGAAAAUGAGCCGCAAUCCGCGUCUUAGGCCAUCCACCGAGUUUAUGUAGUUUAUCUAUCAUUUAUUAUUUAAAGUUACGUUUUUGUUUAUAUGUAUAGUAUUAUUUAAUUCUGAAAAUUAUGUUUCAAUUUCAAA